AUGACUGCCAGCGAAGCCCAAGUCAAGAAGCAGCUGACCGUCGCCGACACACUAGCAUCGGUGUUGCCUUCUGAUGGGAAACCUUGGUACAAACAGGGGCAUCUAUUGAGGUUGAACCUUAUUAUACUUUCCCUGGUGUUGUUUUCAUCUGCGAACGGAUACGAUGGUUCUCUGAUGAACGGCCUUCAAGCUCUUCCCAACUGGAACGAGUUCAUGAAUCACCCAAGGGAUGCCUGGCUUGGCUUCAUCAACGCCAUUUACUGGUUCUUGAACGGUGUCUCCUUCUUCGUCGCUGCCUGGUCUUCCAACAAACACGGUCGCAAGCUAGGUCUUUACGUUGGCUAUGUUUUUCUUGUCUCUGGGACCAUUCUGCAAACAUCUGCGCACAACCCAGCAGCUUUCAUCGCCGCCCGUGGCCUGCUUGGCUGUGCUGCAGGAUGGUACACCGCCGGCGCACCCCUGCUUAUCAGUGAGAUCGCCUAUCCCACCCACCGAGCCAUUGCGUCUGCAUGUUUCCAGUGUGGCUUUUAUCUCGGCAGCAUCAUCGCAGCAUGGGUGACAUUUGGAACCAGAAACUAUGCCAGCUCUUGGGACUGGCGUCUCCCAUCGCUCAUGCAGAUCCUUCUUCCAACGCUAGCUUUCCCCGGGUUCUUUCUGGCACCUGAGUCUCCCCGAUGGCUCGCUUCUGUCGACCGUAAGGAGGACGCAGCUGCUGUUAUUGCCAAGCAUCACGCGAAUGGGGAUAACAACUCACCACUAGUCCAGUAUGAGACCGAGGAGAUCGUAAACACCAUCAAGGCCGAGCAAGAGGCACAUGCCAGCGCCAGCUAUGCAGACAUGCUCAAGACCAAGGGCAACAGAUGGAGACUGCUUAUCUCAAUUACACUUGGAUUGUUUAGUCAGUGGAGUGGUAACGGCGUUGUCUCAUAUUAUCUUGCUCUUGUCCUUCAAACUGUCGGCAUCACCAGCGUUACUCACCAGACGCUUAUCUCAGCAUGCCUGCAAGUGUGGAACCUCAUUUGGGCUGUCGCAGCGGCAGCAAUGGUCGAGAAGCUUGGCCGACGACCUUUGUUCCUGACGUCUGGUAUAACUAUGUUGGUGAGUUACAUUGCCAUUACUGGAUUAUCCGGCUCUUUUGCAAGUACCGGAAACUCUGCUGUUGGCAUUGCCGUCAUCCCUCUCCUCUUUGUCUUCUUCGCGGGUUACGAUAUUGCACUAACACCCCUGAUUAUUGCCUAUCCCAUCGAGAUCUGGCAGUUCCAGCUCCGUUCCCGAGGUUUCAGUGUUUUGUGGACCUCAGGUAUCGUCGCCGGUAUCUUCAACAUGUUUGUAAACCCAAUCGCGCUUGGAAGCAUCGGCUGGAAGUACUACUUCACCUACAUCGUCUUCCUCGUUGCCUUUGUGCUAAUUGCCUACUUCUGCUACCCCGAGACCAAGGGCCUUACCCUUGAGCAGAUGGCAUACAUCUUUGAUGGAGAAGAUUCUGAUACGAACAUCCUGGAAGGCAAGCCAGUGGAAGGCAAGACCAAGGUUUUAUCAAUUGAGUUGGAGCAUAAGAGUGGAUAA